AUGUCCUACGACCCAAGAGAACACUUUCAGCAGAUCCAGCGGACGCUACAACAGCGCCGUGGUCAAGGCUUCGGCGGUCUUCCUGGAGGCGGCGCUGCGGGUAGAGGUAUCUUUGCUUUGAUCAGUCUUGGGGUUGCUGGUGUCGUCCUGUCAAAUUCUCUGUUCAACGUCGAGGGUGGUCACCGCGCCAUCAAGUACACCAGAGUAUCCGGAGUUUCGAAGGAAAUCUACAAUGAAGGCACCCACAUCCGAAUACCUUGGUUUGAGACACCCAUCGACUACGACGUUCGAGCGAAGCCGCGAAAUGUUGCCUCCCUGACGGGAACAAAAGAUUUACAAAUGGUCAACAUCACUUGCCGUGUGCUCUCGCGGCCUCGCAUCGAAGCGCUACCUCAAAUUUACCGGACGCUGGGAACAGACUAUGACGAGCGUGUUCUUCCCUCGAUUGUGAACGAGGUUCUGAAAAGUGUGGUUGCGCAGUUCAAUGCGAGCCAGCUCAUCACCCAGAGAGAGAAUGUGGCGAGGUUGGUCAGGGACAACCUCACGAGGAGAGCAGCGCGGUUCAACAUCAUGCUGGAUGACGUUUCCUUGACACACCUCUCCUUCUCUCCGGAGUUCACUGCCGCGGUUGAAGCCAAGCAAGUUGCUCAACAGGAGGCACAGCGGGCUGCUUUCGUGGUGGACAAGGCGAGGCAGGAGAAGCAAGCAACUGUUGUCCGAGCACAGGGUGAAGCCAGAUCCGCGGAAUUGAUUGGCGACGCCAUCAAGAAGAGCAGAAGUUAUGUCGAACUCCGACAGAUCGAGAACGCUCGUAACAUUGCACAGAUUCUACAAGAAGCUGGUGGGAAGAACAAGCUCUAUCUUGAUGCAGAGGGUCUUGGACUUAACGUCCAUGCCGGAGAGGAGCCUGCUUCGAAGAAAUGA